AUGAAACAAAAUCCUAACACCCUUCUUCUCCUCCUCCUCCUCCUCACCGUCACACUCACCACCGCCACAUCAUCCACCGAACCCCUCUUCUCCACCGCCGCACAAACCCUCACCAACUCCAACUUCCUCUCCAUGUCUCUCACACUCCGUUUAGCUUCUUCUUCCCUCCCUUCCACCACCUCCGCCACCAUUUUCGUCCCCUCCGACACCGCCUUCCGCCGCCAUGGUCCCCUCCCUCUCUCCCUCCUUCAAUAUCACAUCAUCCCUUCCAAAAUCCCUCUCCAUUAUCUCACAUCUCUCCCUAUCUCCACUCCUUUACCCACUCUCCUCCCAAAUUCAUCUCUCAUCAUCACCACCUCCUCUCUCUCUCAUCACCACCACUUCUCAAUCAACAACGUAACUGUUUCAACCACUCCUCUCUUCGAAAACCCCUCCCUUCUCAUCCUCUCUCUCCACGAUUUCUUCAAUUCAUCUUCUCUCUAUCUCCCCCAACCGGAAUCUCUCGGUCAUAUCCUCAGAUCCAAUAAUUGUUCCCUAACCGCCGUGUUUCUUGAAAAUCUGUUACCAGAAUUAACAGUUGGCGCGAAGAUAACUGUAUUUGCACCACCCGAUGAGGCAGUUAGAAAUGUGGCGAUUUUAAAGAAACAUGUUGUUCUUGGAUUGAUUAGGUGGCGUGAUUUGAUUCGUUUUCCGGAUGAUGCUCGAUUGAAGACUCUUUUUGAUGGUUUUGAUAUUAGAGUAAGUGUUUUCCCUCGUCGUAGAUUGCUUAAUGGUGUGAAUAUUAUUGUUCCGGAUAUGUAUCGUGAUGAAUUCGUAGUUGUUCAUCGCGUUGGUGGAUUGCUUGAUAGCGGAACUGAGUUAGUGAAAUAG